AUGAUAAUGAUGCUCCAGGAACCUGUACCUGGAUGGAUCGAUAACCUGAAUGGUCCAACAGGAUUCUUUCUAAUAGCAGGACUGGGUGUUCUAAGAACUGCUGUAAUCCAUGAUAAACUUAAGAUUGAUGCUGUUCCUGUGGAUACAUGUGCGAGCAUAAUAAUUGCAGCUGCCCAUCAAACAGCGGUAAAUCAUAGGCAGGGGAACUCAACGAUUAAGAUUUACAAUCACGUCUCAGGCCCCCAAGCUCCCCUAACAUGGGGAGAUUCAUAUUCUAUGGCAAGAACUGCUCUUCUCAAAUAUCCAUUCGAAAAUGUUGUUUGGUAUCCAGUAAGUUCGUUUAACAACAACGAAAUCGAGAAUAAAGUUCUUGGAUUUCUUCUCCAAGAUGUGCCAGCGAGGGUUACUGAUUUGAUAAUGCAGAUGUUGGGAAGAAAAGUGUUCGCUGUCCGUCUAAGUUCAAAGAUGCAGACAGGACUUCGGGCAAUGAAAUAUUUUACUUCUAACGAAUGGAGAUGGGAAAACCCAAGUAGCCAAGAGCUGUUCAACUCAUUGAGUCCUGAUGACAAACUAGAGUUUAACUUCAGUGUAGAAAGUAUAUCCUGGGAUAUAUUUAUUAACAACUUUGUCCAGGGGUUGAGAAAGUACGUUCUGAAGCAAGAUCCUUCUACUAUUCCAGCAACUAGAACAAAACUGAGGAAGCUGUAUUUUGCCCACAUUGCUGUACAGACACUUGGCUGUUUAGUUUUACUCUGGUUAGUUUAUCUGGUGUAUAGUGGAAUACAUUAGUUGUGCAUAAUCUGUAAAUAGACAUGUGAUGUACAAAGAGUACGAGCACUGAGUGCGAGUUAAUACAAUGCAAAGUUUGAAGAAAAAAUAUAUAUAUAUUUAAUAUGACAGUUUAUUAAAUAAAAUAAAGAUUUAUGUUUUUU